CUUUUUGUAACUUUCCUUUAUUGGUCCCAAGACCUAAGAUACUUAAAAUGUUAACGAAGAGGAAGGGGAUGAAAGUAAGACACAAGAUAUAACAAUUUCAAUCAACUAAAUCUUCAUAUAUACAUUUAUGAUAUUUCAGAGUCAACACUGCCCCAUUACCAAGGUCAUUCACGAUAUUAUUAUUAUUUGAAUGUUGUCUAAAUUUGAAAAAUUUAUUUUGAGUCUAAAUUUUGAUUACUUCUACUUCUUUUAUCUUCAUAUAUAUUUAAAUAAAUACAAAAUAAAUUUUUUCAACAUCUAAAAUUGGAUGAAAAUAACAAACUUUUAAAAAGGACUCAUUUAUCAAAUCAAAAUGUAUGACUGUAAAGGUUAAAUCAGAAACAUAAUGAUAUAAAGUGUGCAGAUCCAAUUAAUGUGAUUUAAAAAAAAAAAAGUUAAUAAUUUUUUAUUUUUGACAGGAGUUGAUAACCACAUUAUACAUUGGUUUCCUGGGUCUUAUAUUCAGCAGCUAUUUUGUAUAUUUGGCUGAAAAAGAUGCAGUGGGACCAGAUGGAAAAUCAGGAGACUUUGCAAGUUAUGCUGAUGCAUUAUGGUGGGGAGUGAUAACUGUAACAACAAUUGGAUAUGGAGAUGCUGUUCCGCAAACUUGGAUGGGAAAAAUUGUGGCAUCUUGUUUUAGUGUCUUCGCCAUUUCCUUUUUUGCCCUGCCUGCAGGAAUUCUGGGAUCUGGUUUUGCUUUAAAAGUUCAGCAAAAGCAAAGACAGAAACAUUUCAAUCGGCAAAUACCUGCUGCAGCCAUGUUGAUACAAUGUUUAUGGAGGUGCUAUGCAGCAGAUAAAUCUUUCAAAGGAAAUGCAACAUGGAAUAUUUACCUAUCAAAGGAUACACCAGCUAAACAAGAUCCUCCGCCUCCUUCAAAACAAUCGCUAAUGCUACAAGUUGCAAAAAAGGCUAGUGUACUUAAGCGAAGAAAAUCCAAAAACAAAAUGGAGCCACCUCCCCCAGCACCAAUACCGGGUCCAACAGAGUAUAAUAAUUCUGGCAGAAGAGAUAGCGAAGGUGAUGUAGUUUUUUACAUAGAAGAGCCCAAAGCUGGGACCCCAAACAGGGUGCGAAGAAAUGGUGUACCAUUUAGGGGACUCACAAGCCAAACAAGCAGUGUAACUGAAGUUGCAAGUGAUGAAAUGGAUUUAGAUGCUGAACCAGAAAGAAUCACAGUGUAACUUAAUAUAUAAAUUUACCCACCAAAACUAUUAAUAAAACAUUCCAUAAUUUUUCUGUAUUAGAUUUUUUU